AUGCUGAAGGACCUGAUCGCGGCCGAAGCGGUCGCGCCGGAAAAGUGUGCCGGUUGCGGCAUCCCCAUCCGAGACCGAUACUACCUCCUAGUGGCGGACCGUGCCUGGCACAACCAGUGUUUGCGGUGCUGCAAGUGUCUGCACAACCUCGAAGCGGAACUGAGCUGCUACUCGCGCGAAGGCAACAUUUACUGCAAGGACGACUACUAUAGGUAUUUUUCCACUCGAAGAUGCGCUCGAUGUGGGAAUGGAAUAAGCGCCUCGGAUUUGGUGAUGCGCGCCAAGGACCUCAUAUUCCACGUGAACUGCUUUUCCUGCCUCAUCUGCGGACAGUUGCUGCGGGGCGGUGACACGGCCGGAAUUCGCGAUGGACGAGUGUUCUGCGGAGAGCACUACGAGUCGGAGGUGUUAAGUGAACCAGAAACCAUUUCACCGCAGUUUUUCCCCGUAACGACGGCCGGCGGAAUGUCGGUCCAGCCGUCGCAGAAAGGACGACCACGGAAGCGGAAGCUGGCGACCCCGCAGCCGCCGACCCUGCUGCUCGACGCCACCGGUCCCCAGCACCUCGGCCCGCAGCAUCCUUCCUGCCCAUCCCAGCAGCAGCAGCAGCAAACGCCAACGCAACCACAAGCACCUCAACUGCAGGCACAACAGACGAACCCACCACAACCGCUCGAGGCACUCGAUGCUGGUACUCCGCUGCGUUUAGACAUGCUACACAAGGAGCUGAAUGUCAACAGCCUGGACCUGUCCACGUACGAUGGCAGCCAGUCGCCCGGGUCGGGCGGUGCUCUCACGCCGAACUGUCGCACCAAGCGGAUGCGGACCUCCUUCAAGCACCAUCAGCUGCGGACGAUGAAGUCGUACUUUGCCAUCAAUCAGAACCCGGACGCCAAGGACCUGAAGCAGCUGGCGCAAAAGACGGGCCUGUCGAAGCGGGUACUGCAGGUUUGGUUCCAGAAUGCUCGCGCGAAAUGGCGCCGGAACGUGAUGCGCCAGGACGUCGGUAUGGGCAACCCGGGUCACGGCAUGGGCGGCCUGCCGUCGAUCGGUUCCGGGGGCAUGCAUCACCAACACCACCACAGUGCCAGCGGACCGAACGGGACGGGUGACGGGUCGGUGAACGUGAACGACCUCUCGUCGACGCAGGUCCUCGAGGAGAUGCACAACAUGACCUUCGCCGAGCUGUACUGA